AUGUCGUCCAACCACAGCAUCGGCAAUCGCAACAGCACGCCGGACGCCUCGAGUUCUACUCUGCGCCCGCCGUCGUCUCGCGGUAUGAACCCCGGGCACCACCUGCGCGCCUCGGCCGACAUGGGUGCCUUCUCCACCUCGUCUCCCCUGGCAUCGCGCGGCAUCCGACCCGCCAGCGAGGUCUACUUCAGCGGUGUUGGUCUCGGUAGUCAGGACGAUGCUGCCGACAAGGCUGCCCAGCAAUGGAUCGCCGACAUCGACCAGUAUGAAACAACUCUCGAGGACAUGGCCGCCGCUACCCUGGACCAGGACUUCAAGGACGAGCUCAGUGCUAUUGAGCAGUGGUUCCGCGUGCUCAGCGAGCCUGAGCGCACUGCCGCCCUCUACGCACUGCUGCAGCAGACGACCCAGGUGCAGAUUCGCUUCUUUAUCCAGGUCCUGCAGCAGAUGGCCAAAAGCCAUCCCAUGUCUGGCGUUCUGUCUCCUGCCAACUUUGGCGAAAAGGACCCCAUGUCCACCCGCCUCAACGACGCCAUGAGCAGACUCAACAUCGAGGGCACGAGAUCAUCCUUCGGCUUCGGUGGUAAGCCCCCACCCUCGCCUGGAGCAAAGCGCAACUCGGGACUCGACCCAAGCACCAUCAACUCGCUGUUCCCUGAUGCCGCCGCCGCCAUUGCCAAGCAGAAGGCCGACUUCAAGGAGCACACCGGAAACACCCCUACCUCGAGUCGUGUCGGUGACCGCUCAUCCCUUCUCUUCGAUGACAAGAAAGACGCCCCCGUACCACUGUCCCCCUCGCCCUGGAACAACAGCCGCAACGAGAACCAGCCUCCCAUCACCAGACCCCGUUCUUCGCAGGGUCAACAACCUAUGGGCCAGUUCAGUCAGCCUCUGCGCUCGCCCCGUCCUUUCCAACUGACAGGCGACACCAACCUCCAGAACACCACUGUCUCCGCACCCAACCAGGAUCCUGCUAUGAACAUUCUCUCGCCUUACAACCCCAACAACAGCUGGGCUUCGAUGGUCAACACUCCCAUGAUUCCCAACUUCAACACUCAGCAGCAAAACACCGCGCACGCCGACAUGAUUGCCAAUGCGACUGCCAUGAAGCUGGCUGCUCUCUCUACCGUCAACAACCGUAUUCAGCUCGACGAUGUCAAGAAGUUCCGCCGCGCACGCUCUUCUGAGGGCCAGCCUCAAUUCCAACACCCGCACCAGGCACAGCAAAACAUGAACAUCCUGAUGACCAAUGAACUUGGUCAGGUCUUGUCUCCUCAACAGGCUGCCGCUCUGCAGGCUCAGCAGCUUGCUGCCCUUCAUGGAGGUCGCUCUCGCCCCAGUUCCCCUGGUAUCGCCAUCUCUGGUCCUCCCGGCUCAAACAUGAACAACCUGCCCAUGACUCAAAACAAUGGUUUCCUUUCUACUUAUGAUGCUGGCAUGCUGAGCGCAAACAUGAACAUGCUCAACAUGGGCAACUUUGGUAUGGGCGGACAUGAAGGAUAUCUCUCCGAUCACUCAGAGGCUCGUGGCAGAUCACCUCGUGGUAGACGCGGUAGCUCUAAGCCCCCAGAGGAUCCCACUGACCUUCAACUCUUGAGCGACAUCCCUAGUUGGUUGCGUAGUCUGAGACUGCACAAAUACACUGACCAACUCAAAGACAUGCGUUGGCAAGAUCUUGUUGAACUCGAUGACGACGCUCUUGAUAAGAAGGGCGUCAACGCUCUUGGUGCUAGAAGAAAGCUUCUCAAGGUUUUCGAGACAGUCAGAGAGGCCCAAGCUGAAGGAAAGCUUUAG